AUGGUCCUGAAAUGUUCCAAAACCAAUUCCAGAAGGAAAAUCAGAGUGCCACAUUUUGCCCGAGUGAAAGUUUGGAAGAAUUGCGAAGUCAAUAAUACCAUUUUCGUCUGGUAUCACUCUGAAUCAGCUGAGCCAGACUGGCAACCCCAGCCACAUACAUGCAUCUCCAACGGGUCUUGGCGCUACCAAGGUCGCAAUGAGUAUCUCAUUAACUGCCACAUACAGGAUAUAACCGAGAACGGCCCUGAUGUCGAGCAUCUCAACGCGCUGCAUGGUCCAGCUAUAUUUCUUUCCGGCAAGUUUUCCUGGUUAGCUCGGCACGUGUGGACCACUUAUACGAAAUGGACGCCGAAUUUUUCAGAUGACAACCAGACGGAUGAGAAUGAAGAAGCAGCAAAGAUAGGCGCCAAAUUGAACGAUGUGUCAAUCCACUCAAUCACGAAUGACACAAGGAAUGGUCACUUUACAGGAGCGCAGAACCGAGACAGAAGAGAGAAGCACAAGGCUACUGUGCACCUGUGCCAUAAGUUGAUGAUUUUAGAACGUUUUAGCAUAAUGGAGUCUGAUGUAUACGCCGAGCAAAUCGGACCUGGCAUCAUCGAGCUAAAUGUUAAGACAUUGUUUGGGUCUUUGUACAUUUUGUUAACAAUAACGCCGAUCGAACCGCUGCUGCAACGGGUGAUCCAUCAGUUCUACUCGCCACCUCUGCUGGCACCAUACGCUAACUUACAUUUCCUAGGUGAAUGCGUGAUGUUUGAGCGCGACAUUAGGAUCUGGAACUCUAAGAGAUUUGAGCGACAUCCAAUCUUGACGCGCGAGGAUCGCACCAUCCAGAUAUAUCGCCGUUGGUACUCACAGUUUUAUUCUGAUCAUAGUCCCACCUACGAAACGUCUAUGAAAGAUUUACAAUGGUAG